AUGGCCAUUGGCCUCAUGGCUUCUCACGCGGCUGCCAAGCCUAUCGAUGACAUGGCUAUCGCCAAGGCCGUCGAGAGGGGCAAACUGAUCAAAACCUCGGACGUCUCCGAGGUCGACAAGAGAGCGUGCGCGGCCUGUGGUGUCUACCUUUGCUCUGGCAAGAACUUCACCGGCGAAUGCUACUGGGGCUGCUACCCGGCUCGUACGCUGAUCGAGAUCGACUCGUACUGGAGGACCCAUGUCGCCUCCGUCGGCCCAGACCCAGGCUGCUACUGCACCAUUGGUACCCCCAAGCUGUCGUCCUGCGAAGGUUUCCAGUAUCCUGGAGGCAACCUCGGCGAUACCCAGUGCUGGGGAAAUGUUGCUAAUAACGAGGGGUUUGACGCCUGGGACACAAACUACGAGACCCAGGUUGAAUGGGGUUAUCAGAAGAAGACACUCUUGAUCAGCAAUGAUAAGACCGGCUCAGGCUCUGGGUAUAGUGGCAUGGAUCUGCCGAAUAAACACGACUCGCGUGCCAUGCUCAUUGACAAGGCCCCGGGCAAGUUUGUUGACUGGCAGACAGACGACUGGAGCACUAACACGCUUGUGGAGGUUCGGAUCUACGGCCCGGUCCUCGCCAAGCGCUCGACCGGCACGUGGAACAGUCACGAGUUGUAA